CACCGAGAUUAGGGCUUAUGUUCUCUCUCUAGAAUAUUUUAGGGCGGUUGCGCACUUCUCCUGCUCCAUCAUGCGACGAUGUGGUCCGAUGGAUCCGCCCGAGCUGCCAGGCGCUUUUCCUACCUGUUGCUGCAAGACGGUGAGCACUACAUCCAGGACUGGAUCGCGACGUGCAAGCCGCCCAGCGCGCCCCGGUUGCGGCUGCACUCGUCGUCCUGGCAGCAGAAUUGGAUCAAGGGCCGCCUCCGCCUCUGCUCUAAAUCGAUCUUCUUUGAGCCAGAUGCCGCCUCCAUCCCGAUUUUGAUGCUUCCACUCAACAAGGUGAGUAGGAUCGAGCAAUUGGCGGAUAGGCCGGAGCUGGAAAUGAAAGGUAACAGGGGAUUUAUGGUGGAAGUUUCACUGCUCGUGACGAUGAAGAAGAAUGGGGUCGAUGCUGCUUAUGAGUUUGACAAGUCGGAAGGGACAUGGUGGUUUAUCCUGGAUUUUGCUCCAGUCCAGCAGUUUCUUCACCAAGCGCAAUCGCUCUUGUCUGUGAAUUCACUUCCACCUCCUGAAAGAGAUAUGAUUUUGCGCAACACUGCUGCUCAGAAGGAAGCGCAAGCUCAUUUUGAUAUCAGUCGCUUGGAGGAUUAUAGCGAGGAGAUUCUUUUCAACUUUCCCGCAGCACAGGUAACUCCUUUAGUGAGAGAGCCAGGUCGUCUGGUGUUUACACCAAACCGGUUAUACUUUCAGCCUUUACACAACUUAAACAACGAUACACCAGUACGCUCUCAGAAGUUGAGCUUUAUAAUUGCAGUUGCAAAACGGCGUCAUUCUUUGCAACACAUUGGACUGGAAAUAUUUUUCAAGGAUGUGAACAUGUUUACAAGACAAACAUCAGUAGGAGGAUUUGUCGACGGUGGCACAGCUUUUUUCACGUUUCUAAGUGUUCAAGAUCGAGAUGAUGCAAGAGACCUGCUUGUUGACAAGCUAAAGGGCCAAACAUCCAGCAUCGGUUCACUUUUGGAUAAAGGCAGUUCAUGGCUUGAUCGCGUCACAGCAGCAUGGCAGGCAGGACAUAUCUCUAAUUACGACUACUUGAUGUACCUCAACUUGUUUGCGGGAAGGACGCGUUGUGAUCUAGCACAAUGGCCAGUAAUGCCCUGGGUGUUAAAAGAUUACGAAAGCACCACCUUAAACCUCAAAGAUCCCGCGUCCUUUCGUGAUCUCAGCAAGCCUAUUGGAGCUUUAAAUCCUUCAAGGUUGGCUAUUUUUCAUGAGCGAUUCCAACAGAUGCCAUGUAAGGAUGGCUCACAUCCACCGUUCCUCUAUGGAACACACUACUCUGCACCUGGCUAUGUUCUAUAUUGGCUGGUCCGUGUGGCCCCGGCUCAUAUGCUACGUCUCCAAAAUGGACGCUUUGAUACACCAGAUAGACUUUUCUUUAGCAUUGCAGAGUCAUGGCAGAGCGUAUUGACAAAUCACGCCGAUGUGAAGGAACUAAUUCCAGAGUUUUACGGGCUACCGUCCGGCUUUCUGGUUACAAGGAAUGACGUAAACCUCGGUGUUCGUCAAAAUGGUGUACCUGUUGGGGACGUCACAUUGCCUCCAUGGGCAAAAGAUCCUGAUGACUUCCUAAUUAAAAACCGAAGAGCAUUGGAAUGCAAGCACGUCUCGAUGAACAUUCAAGAAUGGAUUGACUUGAUUUUUGGAUAUAAACAACGAGGCGAGGCAGCACUUGCAGCAGAUAAUGUGUUCCAUUAUCUUACUUAUGAGGGGGCUGUGGAUCUGGAUAAAAUAGAAGAUCCUUUUGAACGCAUGAGCUUUGAAGCCCAGAUAAAUGAAUUCGGUCAAGCACCACAGCAACUCUUCACCGGUCCUCAUCCAUCUCGAUCUGCAGUAGAAACCUCCGCGGACUUUGAGGAGCACAGGCAAGCUAUGGUCGAGAGUGGCACGGGUAGCCUGUGUGCUGCGAUAUUGUCUCGAAUUAUGUCCAAGACGGCAGCUUUCGAGGCUGGUACUACGGAAGAAAUGCGAGUAGAUGAAGCGGCAUUGUCGCACACAAUUUCUGUUGGCAUCCCAGAGUCAGUGAAGCAAGACUCGGGCUCAGACACAGAAGAAGAUGACAUUCUAUCGGCAAAAAUCGAGUUUAAACGAGAGGCGGAGGCAAGCACUUUCCAUCAGUCGGCAUGGUCUAGCACACCAAGGACGCCUGCAUGGUUGCCAACGCCACACACACCUCAGCUAGACGCAAACCUGUUUCGACGGAGUAAAAGUCCAAACUUUAUGCUGUCUCCACGGAUGGAGUGUCGUGAGCAACCUUGGACGCUUAAAAAACUAACCGACUCACAACAGCCAUGGAAGGUUCAUCGCGAGCCUAUCAAUGCCGUCCUCGUUUCCGAUGACAACGCCUCGGAGUCUAGCACUCUUUAUUCGGCUUCAAAAGAUGGACUGAUCAAGGUGUAUUCCCUCUCUGAAGGCUUUCAAGUUCGUGCCACAAAGCUUGGAAAUCUACCGAUUUCUUCUCUUGCUUUAGCUACAAGCAACGAUGCUUAUCCUACUGUACUUGCUGGCUCUUAUGACAAUUGUGUCUAUGCUUAUUCUGUAGACUAUGGGAGGUCUUUAGGCAAGGUCCGCGUCCACGAUGAUUCCGUGUCUUGCCUUCGGGUGAGUAACUCGAAAAUGGUCACGGGCUCGUGGGAUGCAACAGUGAAAGUAUGGACGCUGGAUGAAGGGAGAGGUGGAUGGGUACAUAAUUCCGGAGCAUCCAACACACCGGAGAUUGAACUAACCGAACACGAAGCUGGCAUUUGGAGCUUGGAUGUGGAUUCCACAGGAGUUGUUGUAGCGUCCGGUGCUGAGGAUGGGACUGUGAUUCUUUGGGACAUAAGAAGCAACGGCAUUCCGAUAUGGACAUCAAACGACUUAGCUGGCUCUGCGUCUUCGAUGCGUAUGUCUGGUGACGGCCACAAGUUAAUUGUUGUCUCAACAUCUGGUUUUAUCUACGCAAUGGAGCUGAGGCGGGGAGGCUCCAUACUAUCCCAGAAGAACUGCGAGACUCCUUUAAGAUCGUGUGAAGUUAUAGGAGACGUGGCUCUUGCUGGAAGCUUCAGCGGUGAGCUGCUUUUCUGGUCCUGGGACAAUGACGCUGCCACUUUUCAAAAUCUACGCAAUCAUUCGGAGGCAGUCACCAGCAUUGGUGUUGGAAGAAGGCACGGCAUGGCUGCUAGCGUUGCGACAGCGUCUGAAGACUGUACGAUACAGGUGUACAGCAUCGAUCGAAGUAUGUAACUUUUUACUGCCCUCAUUCUCUCUUUCUUUUCUCUUGUUCUUUUUUCAUUUCUUCUCGAGUCUCUUCCGUGUCUGUCUUGUCGAUUCUAUGCUGUACAUAGUAGACGUGUUCUAGAUUCAGCAACUAGGAGGUAGGGGGCUUCUUCAUGCUAUUUUGCGGUCCUCGGCAUCCUAGAAACUCAUGACCUAGUAGCUAGGCAGCUGUUCAAACACCACCAGCAUCUUGACUGACGGUACCGCCGGAUGACUUUUGGUUUUCCGCGCGUCCUUCUUCUUCCAAGUCUCUGCCUUUUUCUUCCUUUCCACUUUUCAUGGUACCAGCAUCUCUCAGGCUCUCUGCACGGCCGUUUUACUGGUUCCAGUUUGUUCGUAUGCAUGCUUAAGGAUGUCGCUGUAAGCUUUCCCAGAGCUUGUGUGUUUGUUUGAGCUCGGCUAUCCUGGUCAGUCUUGUACUAGGGACGUGUAAUGUGUUGCUUAAAGUGCUGGCCCUGGAAAUUGAGUGCGUCAAUGUGCAGUGCUGCUGCAAAGCGCAGCAGCGCUCCUUUACUUUGGACGUAACUGUUUAGCUGCUUUGGCUGGCUGCCUGACUCCCCUGACUCAAAACCAUUGAUGUCGAUAUAACAAUCAUUUUGGCUGCUUGCUUCCAGCUUGUUUCUGAUGUCCACACCUGAGCUGGUUUUGUUCUUGGCCUUGCUAUCUCUUUUCCUUCUUUUUCGCUCUUUUUUUUGUGGAUAUUUACUGGCUUUGGAUUUGUGCAUCUUCUCGCUUGGCUCUGUAGAUGCCUGUUGCCUGGGCUGCCUGGCUGCGUGCUGCUGCGAGUAAAAGCCGUUUAAACACACCGUUCAAGGUAUGGACAAAGUGAAAGGUUCGGACAGGAAGAAGGCCCGUUUUCAGCUUGGAUGGAAUUGAAGGGGGUUGACAAGUGGUGGUGGUGGCAAGCUCAAGCACAGGCAGAGCCAGCUGAAACUUUUUCUCGACAGCGAAAUGGCUGCAGUGCAGUGAGGAGCCCAGACAGACGUCAGACGAACAAGAUGGCCACUUAACGUGUUUUUGAAGCGAGGGAAUGAAUAGAAGUUCAGGAUCAUUGAAGUGGGGAUUAAAUUGGGCCAAGCUCAAGGGAGGACUCCAUCCCAUCUGUGGCGUUUAAAUCUUGCCAGGAUUCCAGCAGUGGAUUUGAAGAAAUUUGCACAUGGCUCAACAUUUAAUUCCACUAGCACAGUAAGAAUAUCAUCCAAAAACAAGAUCAUGUCCAUCAAGAAGAGAAAGAACACACAAUGCAAAUAAGCACGGAGAAAGAGUCAGCUA